GGGCCAGCACGAAGCCGGGGGGGCUGCCAGUCCUAGGCCCGCUGCCACGUCUGCGGGCCGGGCUGCGGGUAACGGCGAUAACGGUCCCGGGGCGCUGAGGGGGGCGGCGGCGGGGUGGCCAUGGCGGCCGUGCUGCGGGCCGUGCUGCUGGGCGCCGCCGUGCUGCGCUGCGCGGCCGCCGCGCUCAUCCCCCCGGCCGAGGUGGAGGUGGAGGUGCUGCAGAAGCCGUUCCUGUGCCGGCGGCGGAGCAAGUGGGGGGACCUGCUGCUGGUGCACUACGAGGGCUUCCUGCAGAGCGACGGCGCCAUGUUCCACUCCACUCACAAGCAUAACAACGGUCAACCUAUGUGGUUUACACUUGGCAUAAGGGAAGCUAUCAAAGGCUGGGACAAAGGCUUGAAGGACAUGUGUGUGGGAGAGAAGCGGAAGCUAACUAUUCCACCAGCCCUUGCUUAUGGAAAAGAAGGGAAAGGAAAAAUUCCACCUGAGAGCACGCUGAUAUUCAACAUCGACCUUCUAGAAAUUAGGAAUGGACCAAGGUCUCAUGAGUCAUUCCAAGAAAUGGAUCUUAACGAUGACUGGAAACUAUCCAAGCAAGAGGUGAAAAUUUACUUGAAGAAAGAAUUUGAAAAACAUGGAGCGGUUGUAAAUGACACGCAGCACGACGCUUUGGUUGAAGACAUAUUUGAUAAAGAGGAUGAAGACAGUGAUGGGUUUAUAUCUGCAAGGGAAUUCACGUACAAGCAUGAUGAGCUGUAGGAAGGGAUGAUAUAAUUUUUUUGACACAAAUGGCAGUGACUUAGACUGUCUGGAUCUCUUGUCAUCUUGAUUCUGUGUUUUGGAAUUGACAGCUGCCGUUGGCAAAAAACAAAACAAAACAAAAAAAAACAACACUUUGUAUCAAAAGAGAAUUUCUGUUUAUGUAAAAAUGAUUUGAAGUAUUUGUAAGUAUGAAAAUGUACUUUUGUGCAGCAAAGAUUUGUACAUUCCAUGUUUUUUUAAAUUUUGUAUUAACUUAUUUUUUAGAAAUGAAACCAGAUUUCCACUUUGCAAAAAUCUUGAAAAUCAAAAUCCAGUUCAGUGCCUUUCUGUGACUUGUUUGUGCAUUGAGAUCACUUUCAGUGACUUCUAUAUACAAAUUCUACUCUGUGGCUUAAUUACUUUUAACCUUCCUUCUCGUGUGUCAGUGCUUGAAAAGCAGUGUGCUGAUCUUGCUUUUUUCUGCAGAUUUUGAAAAGCUAUACUAGAAAGCAUCCACGUCUCCUAACACAGCUGAGAAACUGAUGCAAAGCUGAAUGAGAAUAGCUGUCCUGUGCUGCUUCUGCUUUUCUCAAGGGAGAGAGUUAUCAACCAUGUCAAUAAUUGCCUGUUUUUUUUCAUUAUGUGAACAAAGUAGGAGUUAAAUGUCACUUUUUAAAAAAAUUUCAGUAUCAGGAACAUUCUAGGAAACAACUGCAGUUUGGAAAACAGCAAGUUAUGCUGCACUGCAGGGGUGGUGUCCUUUAUGUGCAUACAUACACGUGUUAAUUUUGAAACUCAGUGCUUGUGUUCACACAAAGAUAAUCCUUGUCCUCAAGUUUUGAGGGAGAUCUAAAUCAAAAUGGGGAAAAACUUCAGUGUUGCAACACUUUCAGAAGAGAAAGAGCAUGCUAAAUUGAGGGUUGCUAUGCCCUGAAGAAAGCUGCAUUGCUUGCCUGCUUUGCUACUGACUGAAUUACGAACUUGUCUCAUCUUUGCACCUUUGCUGUAUUGUCACAAGUAGCACAGAAAUUGAAUUUCAAGUAAUAAAGUGAAAUUUUGAGGCAUGAGGUAAACACUACAGUGCUGCAUCUUCAUAUGGGUGGAGACAAAGAGGAUUGCAACUACGUCUGCUUUUGUUGAACCCUCUCUGGUGAGGAAGAAGCUUAGCCAUCAUCCAAGGGUUCCUAAAUGCGAGGGUGAGGUAUCUCUUGGAAGGAAUUAAACUGUAUUCUCACACCUCUAAAUGUGGGUUUAUAGACACUGUACUU